AUGGGUUCCUGGCCAUGCCGUUUGCUGUUGAUAUUCAUUGUUGUUGCCUCGUGUUACGCCCAGUCCAAGCUUCACAAGGAGAAGGAAUUGGGCAAAGAUGAGUGGUACACCUACAAGCAAAUGUGCCUGGUCGACGGCAAGUUGGAGGUGGUCGAGGGCAUCGACUGCAAGCAGCCAAUCGCCCAGGCCCGGUGGAAGAAUGCCGUCAAUGCUUCUGGGUGGACGUUCUAUGAAGUCGAGACAUUCGGGAAGCAUGCAACCCCCGAACAGCAAGCGUAUUCCGCGGGGUAUUUGGAGGGUAUCCUCUCCAAGCCAGUCGUCCAAUUCCACAUUAUGAAUACCGUGGAUGUGUAUUGCACUAAUUACACUGGAUAUUGCAACCGACUGAAGACGUUUAUGUCUGAUAAUGCAAAGUGGACGACCGAGCAGAUUCAGCAGGCUAAGCCUGAUGAUGUGUACUGGAGCGCUGUCAACCGCACCUACUACCAACUCUCCGGCCUUAUCGACGGGUUUGAGGGCCGACCGGUGAACUCCAGAAUCACUCUGGAGCUCCACCCGAUUACCUUCAUCAACUGGAAUGGUGAUUUCUACGACCUUGAAAAGAAGCUGAACAAGACCGCCGAUCAACCCCAGACCGAUGGAAAGUGCUCCGGACUUGUCAAGGUCGCGCCCGGAAACAAGGACCUCUUCAUUUCUCAAGUCACCAUGAGCGGCUUCCAGAACAUGCUGCGAGUUUUGAAGCUGUACAAGUUUGACUACGACAAAAAGCACUACCCCGGAUAUGCCCAUUCGAUGGCCUCAUACCCUGGAAUGCUGUACUCUUCCGACGAUUUCGCGCUUAUGUCGUCUGGAUUGGCGAUCAUCGAGACGACCAUUUCGGUGUUCAACAAUACCCUGUUUGAGAAGACGAACACCAGUCAGCUCCCCACCUGGGUCCGCGCGAUCAUCUCCAACCAAUUGGCGCAUGAUGGACUCGAAUGGUGCAAGAUCUACUCUAAGCUUAACUCUGGAACCUACAACAACCAAUGGGUCGUCCUCGACUACAACAAAUUCACCCCCGGCCAACCCUUGGCCAACGACUCUUUGCUUUACAUUUUGGAGCAGAUGCCCGGAACGAUCAUCUACAACGAUCUGACGUGGUUCUUGAAGAAUUAUUCCUACUUCCCGUCCUAUAAUAUUCCGUUCUUCAGCAAGAUUACCGAGAUUUCGGGCUUUAUCCCACACUCCCAAAAACUCGGUGAUUGGUUCAAGUGGGGAAAAUCCCCUCGUGCCAAGAUUUUCGACCGUGAUCAUGGCAAUGUCAAGUGCAUCGACUCGCUCACCAAAUUGAUGAGGUAUAACAACUACCAAAACGACCCCUUCUCCAAGUGCAACUGCACCCCCCCAUACUCCGCCGAGGCUGGAAUUUCUGCUCGCGGAGACUUGAACCCAGCCGAUGGAAAGUACGAGUUCCCAGGCAUGGGCCACGUGAAUCAUGGUGGUUUGGACUACAAGGGCACCAAUUACGAGAUGAUGAAGAAGCUUGGAUUCCGCGCCUGGGGUGGCCCCACCUACGACCAGGUCCCGGCCUUCAAGUGGAGCACAUUUGAUUUUAAUACCCGAGUCCCCCACCACGGACACCCUGAUGAAUGGAAAUUCGAACCCUUCGAUCACACCUGGGAAGUCGAGGUCCACACCCCA